AUGAAGGCCACAGAUAAGCAGCAUCUGUUGGACACCACACCGAGAGCCGGUCUUACACUGGGUCUCUUGUGGCAGGAUGGUGCUGGCUGGAUUUCUGUGUCCCCACCUGACUCGGAGUUGCCAUCCAUUGAACUGUCCAUGGACAGCAACCAUUACUGUCACUCGCAGAAGGGUCCUGGCAGUCACUGUGACCCCAAGAAGGAGUGGGUGUGUCGCCAGCUCUGUGUGGCCUCUGCCAUCUGCCCAAUGUUCAUGAUUGGGGAAACUAUUUGGAUGCGAGCUGAGAUCCUGGGAGCCCUGCUCUCUGUGCUGUCCAUUUGGCUCAUGACUGGGGUACUGGGGUACCUGGCAGUGGAGCAGCUGAUCUCUGGGAACUAUGAGAUGGAGGGCAGGACCAUGCUGAUAACAGCAGGCUGCGCUGUGGCCGUGAACAUCGUAAUGGGGUUGACUCUUCACCAGUCUGGCCACCGGCGUAGACAUGGCGCCAGCCAGCAGCAGGGGAACCCCAGUGUCUGAGCUGCCUUUAUCCACAUGAUAGGAGGCUCGCUGCAGAGCUUGGGCAUCCUGGUGGCAGCCUAAAUUUUAUACUUCAAGCCACAGUACAAGUGUGUAGACCUCAUCUGCACCUUCCUCUUUUCCAUCCUGGGCCUGGGGACAACUGUGACCAUCCUGAGAGACAUGAUCCUGGUGCUAAUGGAGGGGACAGCCAAGGGCGUGGACUUCACGGCUGUUCGGGAUCUGCUACUGUCAGUGGAAGGGGUGGAAGCCUCGGGCAGCCUGGAUAUCUGGGUGCUAACUGUAGCUCAGCCUAUGCUGUCUGUCCACAUCACCAUCUCUCAGAAUGCAGAUGCCCAGGCUGUGCUGAAGGCAGCCAGUGCCCGCCUACAGGGGCAGUUCCACUUUCACAACAUAACCAUGCAGAUAGAGGACAACUCUGAGGAAAAGAAGGACUGUCAGGCAUGCCAGGGCCCCUCAGACUGA